GGAUUAUAAACAACAGAAGUUUAUUUCUCACGGUUCUGGAGUCUGGGAUGACCAAGAUCAGACCAUCGCAGAUUUGGUGGCUGGGGAGGCCCACUUCCUGGUAGACAGACAUCAUCUCAUUGAGUCCUCACAUGGUGAAAGGGCAAACAAGCUCCCUUGGGCCUUUUUUGUAAGGGCACUAAUCCCAUUCAUGAGGGCUCCAGCCCAGCACCUAAUCACCUCCCAAAGGCCCCAUCUCCUAAUACCAUCACUUUUGUGGUUAGGAUUUCAACAAAUGAAUUUUGGAGGAUGCAAACAUUCUGACCAUAGCACAUGGUGUGUAGCUGGGUGGUAUUUUUCCUUGCCUUCUCUUAUGACUCACCAGCAUUGCUGCCAGCUUUCACCUUCAGAGGCACUGAGAGCCUGUGCUAGGGGUUGGGGAGCAGAGUACAGGCUUGGGAAAUGGCUAAUGGUGGGUAAAUCAGGUAUAGGCUCUGGUUUGGGCUGUGAACCAGAGGGAAUUGAAGCAUUCCCAGAGAGACUCCAGGCAGCUGAAGGUGGAAAUGGGGGGUCACAGACUGCAGAGUGUGUACCGGGUGGAGAGAGAAUAGCAAAAGCUCCAAGUGCCAAGAUGCGUCCUUUGCUCACCAGUACUGACAGGGCACUAUUAUUUAGGAAUAGUGACUAAAAGAUCGUAUGUCAGGAAGCAUUACCAGGAAAGUAGAGUUGAGAGCAGGAAAGAUGCUGUUUAAAUUGAGCCUCAGCAUCAUCUCAGAACUCGAAUGUUCCGUGUUUGCUGCAUCCGUGGGAGGGAACCUUACAUAAGGCAUUAUGCAGACACAAGCUGUUGUCUCCAUAAUCCAGCAGUCAUUAGUUGUGUGUUCACAUUGUCCAAGACACUGAGCCUGGGAAAAAGCUCUGCAUGUAUCCAGUCCCUCAGCAAACUCUGCUGAGGCUGCACUCUUGGAAUAGAUCCGGUAUGUGACUGCUUACCACCCUCACCUAAACUCUUAUCAUCUCUCACCUGGACUGUCGAAGUAGCUUCAUAGUAGCUUCUGCUGUCACACUUGCCCUGUUGCCGCCUGUUCCCAGUGCACCCCUCAGAGAACCAGAAGGAUCCUGUUAAAGAGCACAGCAAUGGAGGAAACAGCUAUAUGGGAACAACAUACAGUGACGCUUCACAGGGCUCCUGGAUUUGGAUUUGGAAUUGCAAUAUCUGGUGGACGAGAUAAUCCUCAUUUUCAGAGUGGGGAAACGUCAAUAGUGAUUUCAGAUGUGCUGAAAGGAGGACCAGCUGAAGGACAGCUACAGGAAAAUGACCGAGUUGCAAUGGUUAACGGAGUUUCAAUGGAUAAUGUUGAACAUGCUUUUGCUGUUCAGCAACUAAGGAAAAGUGGGAAAAAUGCAAAAAUUACAAUUAGAAGGAAGAAGAAAGUUCAAAUACCAGUAAGUCGUCCUGAUCCUGAACCAGUAUCUGAUAACGAAGAAGAUAGUUAUGAUGAGGAAAUACAUGAUCCAAGAAGUGGCCGGAGUGGUGUGGUUAACAGAAGGAGUGAGAAAAUUUGGCCGAGGGAUAGAAGUGCAAGUAGAGAGAGGAGCUUGUCUCCGCGGUCAGACAGGCGGUCAGUGGCUUCCAGCCAGCCCGCUAAACCCACCAAAGUCACACUGGUGAAAUCUCGGAAAAAUGAAGAAUAUGGUCUUCGAUUGGCAAGCCAUAUAUUUGUUAAGGAAAUUUCACAAGAUAGUUUGGCAGCAAGAGACGGCAAUAUUCAAGAAGGUGAUGUUGUAUUGAAGAUAAAUGGUACUGUGACAGAAAAUAUGUCAUUGACAGAUGCAAAGACAUUGAUAGAAAGGUCUAAAGGCAAAUUAAAAAUGGUAGUUCAAAGAGAUGAACGGGCUACGCUACUGAACGUCCCUGAUCUUUCUGACAGCAUCCACUCUGCUAAUGCCUCCGAGAGAGACGACAUUUCAGAAAUCCAGUCACUGGCAUCAGAUCAUUCUGGUCGAUCACAUGAUAGGCCUCCCCGCCGCAGCCGGUCACGAUCUCCUGAUCAGCAGUCAGAGCCUUCUGAUCAUUCCAGACACUCACCGCAGCAGCCAAGCAAUGGCAGUCUCCGGAGUAGAGAUGAAGAGAGAAUUUCUAAACCUGGGGCUGUCUCAACUCCUGUAAAGCAUGCUGAUGAUCACACACCUAAAACAGUGGAAGAAGUUACAGUUGAAAGAAAUGAGAAACAAACACCUUCUCUUCCAGAACCAAAGCCUGUGUAUGCCCAAGUUGGGCAACCAGAUGUGGAUUUACCUGUCAGUCCAUCUGAUGGUGUCCUACCUAAUUCAACUCAUGAAGAUGGGAUUCUUCGGCCCAGCAUGAAAUUGGUAAAAUUCAGAAAAGGAGAUAGUGUGGGUUUGCGGCUGGCUGGUGGAAAUGAUGUUGGAAUAUUUGUAGCUGGCGUUCUAGAAGAUAGCCCUGCAGCCAAGGAAGGCUUAGAGGAAGGUGAUCAAAUUCUCAGGGUAAACAAUGUAGAUUUUACAAAUAUCAUAAGAGAAGAAGCCGUCCUUUUCCUGCUUGACCUCCCUAAAGGAGAAGAAGUGACCAUAUUGGCUCAGAAGAAGAAGGAUGUUUAUCGUCGCAUUGUAGAAUCAGAUGUAGGAGAUUCUUUCUAUAUUAGAACCCAUUUUGAAUAUGAAAAGGAAUCUCCCUAUGGACUUAGUUUUAACAAAGGAGAGGUGUUCCGUGUUGUGGAUACCUUGUACAAUGGAAAACUGGGCUCUUGGCUUGCUAUUCGAAUUGGCAAAAAUCAUAAGGAGGUAGAACGAGGCAUCAUCCCUAAUAAGAACAGAGCUGAGCAGCUAGCCAGUGUACAGUAUACACUUCCAAAAACAGCAGGCGGAGACCGUGCUGACUUCUGGAGAUUCCGAGGUCUUCGCAGCUCCAAGAGAAAUCUUCGAAAAAGCAGAGAGGAUUUGUCCGCUCAGCCUGUUCAAACAAAGUUUCCAGCUUAUGAAAGAGUGGUUCUUCGAGAAGCUGGAUUUCUGAGGCCUGUAACCAUUUUUGGACCAAUAGCUGAUGUUGCCAGAGAAAAGCUGGCAAGAGAAGAACCAGAUAUUUAUCAAAUUGCAAAGAGUGAACCACGAGAUGCUGGAACUGACCAACGUAGCUCUGGCAUUAUUCGCCUGCAUACAAUAAAGCAAAUCAUAGAUCAAGACAAACAUGCUUUAUUAGAUGUAACACCAAAUGCAGUUGAUCGUCUUAACUAUGCCCAGUGGUAUCCAAUUGUUGUAUUUCUUAACCCUGAUUCUAAGCAAGGAGUAAAAACAAUGAGAAUGAGGUUAUGUCCAGAAUCUCGGAAAAGUGCCAGGAAGUUAUAUGAGCGAUCUCAUAAACUUCGUAAAAAUAAUCACCAUCUUUUUACAACUACAAUUAACUUAAAUUCAAUGAAUGAUGGUUGGUAUGGUGCACUGAAAGAAGCAAUUCAACAACAGCAAAACCAGCUGGUGUGGGUUUCUGAGGGAAAGGCGGAUGGUGCUACAAGUGAUGACCUUGAUUUGCAUGAUGAUCGUCUGUCCUACCUGUCAGCUCCAGGUAGUGAAUACUCAAUGUAUAGCACGGACAGUAGACACACUUCUGACUAUGAAGACACAGACACAGAAGGCGGGGCCUACACUGAUCAAGAACUAGAUGAAACUCUUAAUGAUGAGGUUGGGACUCCACCGGAGUCUGCCAUUACACGGUCCUCUGAGCCUGUAAGAGAGGACUCCUCUGGAAUGCAUCAUGAAAACCAAACAUAUCCUCCUUACUCACCACAAGCGCAGCCACAACCAAUUCAUAGAAUAGACUCCCCUGGAUUUAAGCCAGCCUCUCAACAGAAAGCAGAAGCUUCAUCUCCAGUCCUUUACCUUUCGCCUGAAACAAACUCAGCAUCAUCAACCUCUGCUGUUAAUCAUAAUGUAAAUUUAACUAAUGUCAGACUGGAGGAGCCCACCCCAGCUCCUUCCACCUCUUACUCACCACAAGCUGAUUCUUUAAGAACACCAAGUACUGAGGCAGCUCACAUAAUGCUAAGAGAUCAAGAACCAUCAUUGUCGUCGCAUGUAGAUCCAACAAAGGUGUAUAGAAAGGAUCCAUAUCCCGAGGAAAUGAUGAGGCAGAACCAUGUUUUGAAACAGCCAGCCGUUGGUCACCCAGGGCACAGGCCAGACAAAGAGCCUAAUCUGACCUAUGAACCCCAACUCCCAUACAUAGAGAAACAAGCCAGCAGAGACCUCGAGCAGCCCACAUACAGAUACGAGUCCUCAAGCUAUACGGACCAGUUUUCUCGAAACUAUGAACAUCGUCUGCGAUACGAAGAUCGCGUCCCCAUGUAUGAAGAACAGUGGUCAUAUUAUGAUGACAAACAGCCCUACGCAUCUCGGCCACCUUUUGAUAAUCAGCACUCUCGAGACCUUGACUCCAGACAGCAUCCCGAAGAGUCCUCAGAACGAGGGUACUUUCCACGUUUUGAAGAGCCAGCCCCUCUGUCCUAUGACAGCAGACAACGUUACGAACAGGCACCUAGAGCAUCCACCCUGCGGCACGAAGAGCAGCCAGCUCCUGGGUAUGACACGCAUGGUAGACUCAGACCGGAAGCCCAGUCCCACCCUUCAGCAGGGCCCAAGCCCACAGAGUCCAAGCAGUAUUUUGAGCAGUAUUCACGCAGUUACGAGCAAGUACCACCCCAAGGAUUUACCUCUAGAGCAGGUCAUUUUGAGCCUCUCCAUGGUGCUGCAGCUGUCCCUCCACUGAUACCUUCAUCUCAGCAUAAACCAGAAGCUCUGCCUUCAAAUACCAAACCACUGCCUCCACCCCCAACUCAAACCGAAGAAGAGGAAGAUCCAGCAAUGAAGCCACAGUCUGUACUCACCAGAGUUAAGAUGUUUGAAAACAAAAGAUCUGCAUCCUUAGAAACCAAGAAGGAUGUAAAUGACACUGCCAGUUUUAAGCCUCAAGAAGUAGCAUCUAAACCUUCAGGUGCUCCCAUCAUUGGUCCCAAACCCACUUCUCAGAAUCAAUUCAGUGAACAUGACAAAACUCUGUACAGGAUCCCAGAACCUCAAAAACCUCAACUGAAGCCACCUGAAGAUAUCGUUCGGUCAAAUCAUUAUGACCCUGAAGAAGAUGAAGAAUAUUAUCGAAAACAGCUCUCAUACUUUGACCGAAGAAGUUUUGAGAAUAAGCCUCCUGCACACAUUGCCGCCAGCCAUCUCUCUGAGCCUGCAAAGUCAGCUCAUUCUCAGAAUCAAUCAAAUUUUUCUAGUUAUUCUUCAAAGGGAAAGCCUCCAGAAGCUGAUGGUGUGGAUAGAUCAUUUGGCGAGAAACGCUAUGAACCCAUCCAGGCCACUCCCCCUCCUCCUCCAUUGCCCUCGCAGUACACCCAGCCAUCUCAGCCUGUCACCAGCGCGUCUCUCCACAUACAUUCUAAGGGAGCACAUGGUGAAGGUAAUUCAGUGUCAUUGGAUUUUCAGAAUUCCUUAGUGUCCAAACCAGACCCACCUCCAUCUCAGAAUAAGCCAGCAACUUUCAGACCACCAAACCGAGAAGAUACUGCUCAGCCAGCUUUCUAUCCCCAGAAAAGUUUUCCAGAUAAAGCCCCAGUUAAUGGAACCGAACAGACUCAGAAAACAGUCACUCCAGCAUACAAUCGAUUCACACCAAAACCAUAUACAAGUUCUGCCCGACCAUUUGAACGCAAGUUUGAAAGUCCUAAAUUCAAUCACAAUCUUCUGCCAAGUGAAACUGCACAUAAACCUGACUUGUCUUCAAAAACUCCCACUUCUCCAAAAACUCUUGUGAAAUCGCACAGUUUGGCACAGCCUCCUGAAUUUGACAGUGGAGUUGAAACUUUUUCUAUCCAUGCAGAGAAGCCUAAAUAUCAAAUAAAUAAUAUCAGCACAGUGUCUAAAGCUAGUCCUGUGAGUCCUUCAGCUGUGGAAGAGGAUGAAGAUGAAGAUGGUCAUACUGUGGUGGCCACAGCCCGAGGCAUAUUUAACAGCAAUGGUGGCGUGCUGAGUUCCAUAGAAACUGGCGUUAGUAUAAUUAUCCCUCAAGGAGCCAUUCCCGAAGGAGUUGAGCAGGAAAUCUAUUUCAAGGUCUGCCGAGACAACAGCAUUCUCCCACCUUUAGAUAAAGAGAAAGGUGAAACACUGCUGAGUCCUCUGGUGAUGUGUGGUCCCCAUGGCCUCAAGUUCCUGAAGCCUGUGGAGCUGCGCCUACCACACUGUGCGUCCAUGACUCCUGACGGUUGGUCUUUUGCUCUAAAAUCAUCCGACUCCUCGUCGGGUGAUCCUAAAACCUGGCAAAACAAGUGUCUUCCCGGAGAUCCAAAUUAUCUCGUUGGAGCAAACUGUGUUUCUGUCCUUAUUGACCACUUUUAACUCUUGAAAUAUAGGAACUUGAUUAAAUAAUGUGAAACUGGAUUAAACUUAAUCUAAAUGGAACCACUCUAUCAAGUAUUACACCUUUUUUAGAGUUGAUACUACAGUUUGUUAGUAUGAAGCAUUUGUUUGAACUGAUAAAGAUGAGUGAGCAUGCCCCUGAACCAUGGUGGGAAAACAUGCUACACACUGCAUGUUUGUGAUUGACGGGACUGUUGGUAUUGGCUAGAGGUUCAAAGAUAUUUUGCUUUGUGAUUUUUGUAAUUUUUUUUUAUCAUCACUGCUUAACUUCACAUAUUGAUUUCCGUUAAAAUACCAGCCAGUAAAUGGGGGUGCAUUUGAGGUCUGUUCUUUCCAAAGUACACUGUUUCAAACUUUACUGUGGCCCUGGCCUAGCAUACAUACACAUUUUAUUUUAUUAUGCAUGAAGUAAUAUGCACACAUUUUUUAAAUGCACCUGGAAUAUAUAACCAGUGUUGUGGAUUUAACAGAAAUGUACAGCAAGAAGAUUUAUAACUGGGGGAGGGUGAAGUGAAGGCAAUGACUUACUGUAUAUGAAAACACAUUUUUCUUAGGGAAGGAUACAAAAACAUGUGAGACUGGUUCCAUGGCCUCUUCAGAUCUCUAACUUCACCAUAUUACCACAGACAUACUAACCAGCAGGAAUGCCUUACCCUCAUGUUCUUAAUUCUUAGCUCAUUCUCGCUGUGUUACUAAGUUUUUAUGGCUUUUGUGCAUUAUCUAGAUACUGUAUCAUGACAAAGACUGAGUACAUUGUGCAUUUGGUGGUUUCAGAAAUGUGUUAUCACCCAGAAGAAAAUAGUGGUGUGAUUUGGGGAUUUUUUUUUUUUUUUUUUUUUUUUUUGACAAGGGGCAGUGGUGGUUUUCUGUUCUUUCUGGCUAUGCAUUUGAAAAUUUUGAUGUUUUAAGGAUGCUUGUACAUAAUGCGUGCAUACCACUUUUGUUCUUGGUUUGUAAAUUAACUUUUAUAAACUUUACCUUUUUUAUACAUAAACAAAACCACGUUUCUAAAGGCUACCUUUGUAUUCUCUCCUGUACCUCUUGAGCCUUGAACUUUGACCUCUGCAGCAAUAAAGCAGCGUUUCUAUGACACAUGCAAGGUCAUUUUUUUAAGAAAAAGGAUGCACAGAGUUGUUACAUUUUUAAGUGCUGCAUUUAAAAGAUACAGUUACUCAGAAUUCUCUAGUUUGAUUAAAUUCUUGCAAAGUAUCCCUACUGUAAUUUGUGAUACAAUGCUGUGCCCUAAAGUGUAUUUUUUUACUAAUAGACAAUUUAUUAUGGCACAUCAGCACGAUUUCUGUUUAGAUAAUACAUCACUACGUUCUGUUAAUCAUUAGGUGUGACUGAAUUUCUUUUGCCGUUAUUAAAAAUCUCAAAUUUCUAAAUCUCCAAAAUAAAACUUUUUAAAAUAAA